GCAUGACGGUGACGAGAAACUGGGUCACCGAUCGAGAAUCGUUUAUGUCACAGUUCUUUGGGUCGCUAUUACAUAUUAUCAGCGACUUUCAAUGGAUAGACCGAGCUCAUUGGACCUACUGGGGUAGACUGGUUGCAUCAGCUGUUUGAGGGUCAGUUCAUAUCGGGGCACACUGACCACAUCAAACCGGAUGGAACUAGGUCCGGCUGAAUCGAAUCAGACUGAGACUAGACCAGGACGAAGCAGACCAGACUGAUCCAGACAAAACCCGGCCCCCUCCAGGAGGCCUGUUCCAGUGUCCUAUCCAGAUGACCUGAUGGCAGACCAAAGGAUGGACAUCUCGUCUACGAUGACUGACUUCAUGUCCCCCGGCUCCACUGACCUCAUCUCCAGCUCCAUCAGCACGCCUGGCAUGGACUACACCCGCAAGAGGAAGGGCAGCACUACCGAUUACCAGUAAGGACACCCGGAGGAGAGAGAGAGGAAAUAAAGAAAGGACAGAAGAAGGGCUGAAGAAGAUUAUACAAGGCAACAAAUGGAACUAAAGGCAGGGUGGAGAGAAAGAAAGGAGGGAAUAAGAUGUGGGAAGUAGUGCAGGAAAGAAAGCAAGCAAAAUCUGUACUCUGGUAGAGUAGUCCGUUGUUUUUUUACACAUUGUAAAUAUUCACAUUUCUCAUUUUCAUUAAUACAUUUGUGUUUCUUUACAGAAUUGAUGGCUUCUCAUUUGAGUAAGUUCAAACCUGACUCAAUGUUGAUAGAUGUUGCACAAGGUUUAAUUCAUCUGACAUACUGCUCCCUAUAUACAGGGAUGGGUCAAAUGCAGAAGUCAAAUUUCGUGUAUGUGUAUAUGACAAUAAAAAGGAUUUCUAUAUCAAUGACCCUCAAUAGAUUUUACAGCAUGAGAUAUUGAGUAGACUGAAAACCCGAGGCAGUGAGCCCAGUGAGCCCCUUGCUCUUAGACAGUGCUGUGGGUUUAUGAAUGUUCCGGUGUACACUAACCUCUCCUGUCUUUGCUCGUUAGUGACAUGGACCCAGACAAAGAUAAACUGGGAAGGUAAGAUAAAGCAGGUGCUUUAAUCCUCAGUAGUGUUGUAUUUCUAUCCCAUCCCAUAAUCAUAAGAACCAUAUUUCCUCUCUGACCUCCAGUGAUGUCUAUCAAAGUGGAUAGUUGUCUUUUGAUUUGUCAGAGAUCCAUCUCUUGAGAUGUCUAACAGCACACCGACACCAUGAAGAGGUUCGGUUAGUGGAGCUCACAGGAGUAGAACAUGACUUUUAUACUAAAUCUAUUUCUCUUAUACACACCUGAAUAUAAUAUUCAUAAGUAUGUGUUUAUUAGUGUAUAAUCAGCUGUUUUAGUUGCCUUUAAAUGAGCCCUUUAUAUCUCUAAAGGGGGCGGGUCCUCUUUACAAAAGGGGAAGAGGACCACGUUGCACGUGGUGGACUCCAGGAUUCUAUGAUCCAAUAUCAUCCCUGCAAAGAUAAAACAUUGAUGCGUAGCUGCAGAUGCUCCUGGCGUUACUCUGGAAAAGGCCCUUCAUUUGAUUGGUUGUGUACUCUCCCUCACACUGAGGGUGUCCAUGCUGUCCAGGGGAACAUCCUCUGUAGCACCCAACGGUGUAACGUUCUGGAACACGGUCCUUGUUCCGCUCUGCUGCAGCAAGACAUAUUCUGUCAUCUCUCGCCGUGUCAAACCCUUCCUUUUGUCUCUGUCGUGCUGACAGCUGUACUUUUAUUACUAAUAUUUUCUGACACGUCUAACCAUCUCAUUGUCUGCUGAUUUCUAACGUCAUAUCUCAGGAGGUCUGAAUUCAUACGCUAGUUAUGAGUAUUCCACACAAAUGUGUAAAAUGAUGAAGUGAUGACAUUUUGGACAGAUGUGGAUGUAAGCUGACGGUAAUUCUAGUUGAUGAUUCUUGUCUUCAACAGAGUGACCGUGUAGCCUUCCAUAGCAACACACUUUCAGGAACACACACUCACAGUUAAGAUUUCUAAGACAAAUCCAUGCGUGAGGAUUAAACGUGACUUUACUCGCAGGAGUAAACCUGUUCUGAGGCACGGUGACAUUCAGGUAUACAGCACACUGUCUGCAUGACUAGAUAUGACUGAAGGUGUUUAGAAAAUAGCUUUUUAACUUGUUUAAAAGGGGAACUGGAAAACUGAAACCUUUAAUCUCAACUCUAAAUGUGUCAAUGCGGUAAACUCUUCCUAAAUCUGCUGAGAUGCGGAAAGUCAGUCAGUCUGUGUAGGGCAGAGCUUUUGGGGGGGGGGCGUAAAUAAUUGUUCCACUUUUACAUAACUCUGUGUGUGUGAGAAAGAGCUCGAUGCUGGUUACAGAACCUCCUCUUCUCUAAUAUUGCUCUGUUUGUCGUUCCAGUGACCAGCAGGGCCGGAUUAAGAAUGCCAGAGAGGCUCACAGCCAGAUCGAGAAGCGCCGCAGGGACAAGAUGAACAGCUUCAUCGACGAGCUGGCAUCGCUGGUGCCCACCUGUAACGCCAUGUCCCGCAAACUAGACAAGCUGACGGUGCUGCGCAUGGCUGUCCAGCACAUGAAGACACUCAGAGGUGCAGCCAACCCGUACACAGAGGCCAACUACAAGCCCGCCUUCCUCUCUGAUGACGAGCUGAAGCACUUGAUAUUAAGGGCUGCUGAUGGUUUCCUGUUUGUGGUCGGGUGCGACCGUGGAAAGAUCCUCUUUGUUUCUGAAUCCGUCUACAAGAUUCUCAACUACAGCCAGAACGACCUGAUAGGUCAGAGCCUGUUCGACUACCUUCACCCCAAGGACAUUGCCAAGGUCAAAGAGCAGCUGUCCUCCUCCGACACGGCCCCACGAGAGAGGCUCAUCGAUGCUAAAACGGGUCUUCCAGUGAAGACGGACAUCACCCCCGGACCGUCCCGUCUCUGCUCUGGAGCCCGGCGCUCCUUUUUCUGCAGGAUGAAGUGCAACAGGCCCUCUGUCAAAGUAGAGGACAAGGACUUUCCCUCCACCUGUUCCAAGAAAAAAGCGGACCGUAAGAGCUUCUGCACCAUCCACAGCACAGGCUACCUGAAGAGCUGGCCCCCCACCAAGAUGGGCCUGGACGAUGACAACGAGCCCGACAACGAGGGCUGCAACCUGAGCUGCCUGGUAGCCAUCGGCCGCCUGCACCCCCACAUCGUCCCCCAGCCCAGUCUGGCGGACAUCCGGGUGAAGCCCACGGAGUACGUCUCCCGACACGCCAUCGACGGCAAAUUUGUCUUCGUUGACCAGAGGGCCACAGCCAUCCUAGCCUACCUGCCCCAGGAGCUGCUGGGAACCUCCUUCUACGAGUAUUUCCACCAGGACGACAUCGGCCACCUGGCAGAGUGCCACAGACAAGUGCUGCAGAUGAGAGAGAAGAUCAACACCAACUGUUACAAAUUCAAGAUCAAAGACGGCUCUUUCAUCACGCUGAGGAGCCGCUGGUUCAGCUUCAUGAACCCUUGGACCAAGGAGGUGGAGUACAUCGUGUCCACCAACACCGUCGUGUCGUGUCCUGUGAUGGAGGGAUCAGACUACCCUCAGUCUGCUGCCUCACCACAGAGCAUGGACAGUGUUCUCACCUCAGAGGGUGGAGGAAGGCGGGCGCUGCAGACGGUCCCUGGCAUCCCCGGGGGCACGAGAGCGGGAGCCGGUAAAAUUGGACGCAUGAUUGCAGAGGAAGUGAUGGAGAUCCAGAGGAUCCGAGGCUCCUCCCCCUCCAGCUGUGGCUCCAGCCCUCUGAACAUCACCAGCACACCCCCAGCUGACACCUGCUCCCCAGGGGGCAAGAAGAUUCAGAAUGGAGGGACACCCGAGCUGCCAAGCACAGGGAUCCUUCCUGGACCUGAUUCUGUAGGCUACCCCUACUCCAACCAGUCCAUCAUGAGUGACAACUCCCACCUGAGUAUAGACAUCAUGGACGAUCCCGGUUCCAGCAGUCCCAGCAACGACGAGGCGGCCAUGGCCGUCAUCAUGUCCCUGCUGGAGGCGGACGCCGGCCUGGGCGGCCCCGUGGACUUCAGCGACCUGCCCUGGCCUUUGUGAGGACGCAGAGGGAGACGGACCUAUUAGCACCAGAUGGACAGAGUUCAGCCCUCUGUAACAACUACACUGCAACAAACAUCCAUCUUAGCUCAUUCUAUUGUCAUAGAAAAGGCUGUAGAUACUGAACGUUUUCCCAAAAGUACUACAUACAAGAGGAGAUCCUGUCAGGCUCUCACUGCUGGAUUUCACUCCUACUUUCUCAUUCGUCAUUCCCUGUAGGUGCACAAGUGACCCUGACUUUCUUUGGGAUUUUAUGUAAAUGAAGUGUUAAGAUGGUCCUUUUUUGCAGUGUCGCCUGCAGACUGGGUGUCCCUAACAUUGCCACGGUGAGAGAGCGUCUCUCUAACAGGUCCCAGGAUGCAGCGUGUCUGCUAGUGGACUGAACUCUGUCUCCUGAGACGUUCACAAACAGCUAAACAUCUCCAGCUGUACACUCACGUGUCCCUGUAGGUUGAUGCUGUACAGACACUGCUGAGGUGCACCCCACCCCCCCAAAACAAAAGCCAGCUGAUCUUCGGCAUGGGAAAUGGACACAGCAGUUAUCUUCUGAAGAUUUGCUCAGAAGAUUCUUAGAGGUCCUUUUAUUCCAGAGCCACAAAAUUUCACAAGCAGGUGUAUUUCAGUCCAUUUAAAGGAAAAAGACUCCGAGCUGCUGUUUCCUUAACUCACACCACAGUUAUCAGCGACUCCGUCACAUGGUCCCACUUUUUACAACACAUUUGAAAAGUUUCAGACACAAACUACUUGCAGGACAUCUGCCAGAAGGAAGUUGAGAGGAUACAUUUAACGAUAAUGCUCCUGCUGUGGCAGCCAGUGAUUCGUAUGACUGGCUCAGUGGAGGUCUGCAUAAUGAUGAACCAGUGGGGUGAUGGGACGAGAUCCAAACUGUGACCCGAACACCCAAACAGAGAGACGCUGGCAAAGUUAAAGCUCGAUGUGUCUGGACCCUUAGAGCUUCUCAAUCCGAGUCCUCAUCACUGGAAAUAAUCAUAACUCAUGGGGCAGAUUCUGACAAUGCAAUCACUCUCUCAGACAAAUGUAUUCAUUGUGAACCAGUUUGCAUCACCUGCCCUUCAGUCCCCACUGCGUCCACUACACCGAGCUCCACCCACCC